AUGGGAGACUACGGAGAGGGGGGCCUUCUUCCCAACUCGCUCGGCGCCGAUGUAGUACUAGGAAAAUUCGUUCGCUUGCUUGAUGACGUGAAUCAACGAACAACUGCUGCAGUUCGAACACCAGCCGGAUGUACAACACCGUUUGAAGUGGUAACUAGAGUAAGACAAGUGGCAGUGGCAGGACCCUUCCUCUUCAAUUUCGCCAUCGACGACAUUAUGCGAAGAACAGUCGACCAGUGUCCUGCCAAGAUUGUCUUAACACCAUCAGGGUGUCCCUUGACUGCUCUCGAGUACGCUGACGAUGUUGUUAUAUUCUCGGAAAACAGUACGAAACUUCAACAUGUUGUCAACCUUGUAUCGAAGCUGGCUGCAGCCUAUGGACUACAUCUACGCCGUGAUAAAUGCAAGCAGAUGUGGAUCUCUUCGAGGCCUCGAACGGGAAUCAGGGUGAACGGACAACCGAUAGAUCUUGUCGAUGAGUUCUGUUACCAGGGCUGUACGCUGAAGAGCAGCGGCAGCUACCAGAGUGAGAUGUUCAGCAAAGAUGCGCUAAGGCCACUUCUGCAUUUAACUCCUUAA